CUCUUAUCUAUCAAAAAAAGGAUGCUAUGUGAAAUUCAGCUAAUUUUAAAGAAUUUUUAAGAAAAUAACUCGUAAAUUUGUGUAAAAAUACUCAAAAAUGGAUAUCUGGCGCUUUAAAGAAUAUGAAAAAGAGAUUUUUGGUGAAAACAUGAAACUUACCAAGAUCCAACAGUUAUUUGUUGCUGCUCAAGCUUUAUCCGCAUUUUCAUACGUAGAGCAAACACGUAAAGUUGAACAAAUUUCGGAUUUUGAUAUUUCUUCGAUUUUCAACGAAUUGGAAGCUGAAAUUGACAAAGAAUUUCCACUUCCAGACUCCUCCGAUUUCAACCGAUUUAUCGCAAUGAAGGCAAUUGCUAUUUUCUUUCAAUCGACUGUACGCCCGGAAUGUGGUUUUCGUGCCUUAUCAUUGUUGGAACCGAUCAAAGACACCCCCGAAGGUGCACAUCCCUACAUUCAAACGUUGUUACACAUAGCCCGAAUGGAAGAUGAUGCAAAGAAAAGUCUCGAGUACUACUGGAAAGCUGAAGCAGCAUUUGACAAUAUCAAAGCGAACAAAUUUAGGAUUCUUUCGUACUUUGAAAUUUUCGGUGGCAACGAAAUAGGAGGCUCUACUCUGCUCGAUAACGACUAUGACUCGAUAAUGAUGGAAAUUUUUAUGCGAAAUUUCCAAUUAAGGGAUGACGCAAUGAAGCUGAAAUACGUUUUGCCGGCACUCAAAGCAACGUUGAACAAACAUGAAAUAAUUCAUGAAUUUGGCACGGAAAAUGCACUUUUUGAGCAUACUGUUAUAUUGCUUCGCCCGAUAAUUAAUUGUUUGAUUGACACAAAUCACUUUGAGCAAGUUGAUCAUGUCUUGUCGAUUUUGAUGUUUCAUUUGGUGAAAAUGCGUCGUGACAUGCCCAAAGUGAUUGCAACGGAGAUUCAAGCUAAAAUUGAUGCGUCAAAGGCGAUUGUUUCGUUUUUUUACGCAAUUUGGGCUUAUGAGUUGCUCGUAAUCGCCGCUAAGAUGUACUCGGAAAAACAUUUGAAAAUCAAAAUUCGCACUGAAAUGAUCCGUUUAGAGAAAUUUAUGGAGCCUGGCAUCGAGAUUUAUGAAAAACAGUUCCCGGUUAACGUAAUUUCUGACGAGAAAGAAUGGGAUAAAGUCGUUACGAAAGGAAAACUAUGGUGUCAACGUGCAGUAGAUUAUUUUGAAAAAGCUAAAACUGCUCCUGCUGACUACUUGAAGGGAUCAGAUGGCAGUUUAAAUUUAUUGAAACGUUUUGAUGAGCGUCUUACCACAAAACCUGAAUUUUUGAACUGAUUUGUGUACAUUGAUUAAAUGUAAGAGGUUAAACUUGAAUGAAUUCAAGUAUUUUUUUGAUCUUUUUUCUUUGUAAUUAUUCCU